AUGAAUCCAUUCUUACAAGAUAUUUUAUUCUUUCAGAGAAGAAAUUCAACAGAAACAAAAGUAGAAAAAAUAAAAGACAGUUACAACAGUGAAACAUUAGCCUUGAUCGUUGUUGUUGCCAUUCUAUCUGUGAUCGCGGUGACUGCAUUUAUUGCUCUGAUAUGUUUUCAUCUUAGAAAGUCAAAGAAUGAAAAGAUGAUUGGUCGUUACUGGCGGCGGCGGCGGCGCGGUAACACAAUGCCUCGACAUCGAGAAAGAACCCAAACUUCGCGUUAUUGUCGUGCAGACAAGCGAACUUUUCAUCCAUUUCUCUGUGAAGACGGUCGACUUCAUGGCGUCUUUCUUUCCACCUCGUUCUUAUAUUUCUCUACUGCGUUCUUUUUCGUCAUUAUGAAUUCUAUUUCUCUCUUAUUUUCACCAACUCCUUCUUUAUCUUCUUCGCUAUUCUUUCUUGUCUAUUCUUUUCUAUUUUCUUUAAUUUAUUCACGAAUCCUUUUCCUGGUCUGUUACAAAACUGCAAACUGUUCACAGUAUGUUUUCUUCUGGGGUGGUCGCUCAUUUAUAACUGAGACUAAGUUCAUCAUUGCUCGACUACGUAACAUUCUAAUCUCUGUUUUCCUGUUCACACACAUGAUAAGUCUCAAUUCCUUCUUUACUGCCUACCUUUCUUCUUUCUUAUCUAUCUAUCUAUCUAUCUAUCUAUCUAUCUAUCUAUCUAUCUAUCUCAGUCUGUUCCUUAUCUAUCUAUCUAUCUAUCUAUCUAUCUAUCUAUCUAUCUAUCUAUCUAUCUAUCUCAGAUGCACAAAUUUACUUUCUCUCUCUCACUAUUUUUAUUUCCCAUUUACUUUCUUUCUCACUUUCUCUGUCUUUCGCUUUUAUCUCCUCCAUUCUCUUUCAAUAUCAUGA